AUGUCAUCUCGGGCCAUAACUGUAGUGGCCGCUGGAAAGAGCAGAGACUUUGACUGCAAUGGUCACAUCCAGCUCUUUCCUUCAGGCUUAAAGCAGCCGCAGAAGCUCUGGGUGGAGGAGGAUGGAGAAUCAGGCAUUGGAUCCACCUUAGACCUCAGCAGCAGCUUUGAGAGUAGCAGACAACACACCAAUACCUUGUUCAGCAGCUCGUAA